CCACUACACGCACAAUCACUAUUUGCCUUGGUCAGGCUUUACCCUCUGUACACCCUUCGCCUUGCAUUCAAUUCAGUUCUCCCAGGGCUACGGCCCUCGAGCUACGCGCUCACCCACGUUAUUCGCUUCUUUGACUCAAUCGUUGUCACACGCCCCUCGGGCCACCGCAACUCCACCCGCGUUCACUCCGCCCUGAAGGAAAUCAAGCACUGCACUCCUCAAAAUGAUGGAGCACGCAGCAAUCUUCAUUCCUGCCAGUCCGGCCUCCUCAGCCGCUCACACACCCAUCAAAUUCCGCACUCCAGCUCCCUCUCGCUCAGGUUCCAUCUGGAUCCCAGCAACCCCACCCUCAGGCGGGUUCGAGCAACAACAACCACCUACGUCGUAUCCAAUGUCCGAUGAUAGCUGGGCUCACCUCCUCCUUGACGAUGCAAGUAUGAUAGUGCCACACCACCUCGAUGAUGACAACGGCCUGUAUGAUCCGACGUAUGAUCCGACUCAUCAGACCACGAGCGAAGCUUCGACUGCCUCGACUGCUACGCCAUCUAUGCUGACGGAGCCAAUUGAGUCGACUUCGCAAUAUCUGGUUCGAAUGUCCUGCGAAUUUAUCGAUUCGAUCAACAAUCGGGACUGGGCCAAUGCAGAGCGACUGGCGUGUAUCGUCGACCAUUCUUGCUUUACUGCGAGAUUGACUGAGUUUCCUGAAGUGGAUUCCUGGUGGAAGCACCUGGAGACCUACAAAUUCAUCCAUUCCCACGCACCAAACGUCUACAUCAACAUCCUCGGCACGUCAUGCGAGCUCGAUGAAUUCCUCGGCUGCGCGAACGUCUAUGUUAAUGCCGAGGCUUCCGGUCAGCCGGGCGGAAUCGCAACGCAAGGCGUGAGUUUGUUCGAGUGGAAGCGCAAUGACUUCACAGGCGAAUGGUUGUGUGUCAGACAUACGGCAUUGAAGGGAAUUGAGGGAAUCGUCUGAGAACUCAGCGAUGAACACCUUCGGGUGAUUUGGGCAAGUUGCCAGUGGUGGAGGUCAGGGUACCGUCGAUGACGUUUGAGUCCUGUUCGCCUCAGUGUGUUGGCGGAAUUGAGUUAUCGUUGUGAAAAACGUGGCCGGUUCGAUUCUUGAAACUUUUGCGAUGAGAUCUGAAAUUGAUCUAUCUUUACGCUGUUUCUGACCUCCGAAUUUCAAAACGAGAGAUAGCAAGGAAACAUGACGAAAGGUAACUGCAUCUAAACCGACUACUUCUCCAACUGAAAUGGUAUCUAAUGCACUUGCG